AUGGCGGCUCCCCCGAUCAAAUCGAUCCAGUGCUUUGGCAGCAAGAAGACGGCGAUGGCCGUCACCUACUGCAAGGAAGGUCGCGGCUUGAUCAAGAUCAACGGCUACCCAAUCAAGCUAGUGGAGCCAGAGAUCCUCCGCUUCAAGGCCUACGAGACCAUCCUUCUGCUCGGACGACACUGUUUCGCCAGCGUCGACAUGAGGAUCCGCGUCAAGGAAGGAAGUCACACUUCUCAGAUCUACUCCAUCUGUCAGUGCAUAGCCAAGGCCUUGGUCGCUUAUUACCAUAAGUUCGUGGAUGAGCAGAGCAAGAAGGAAAUCAAGGACAUUCUCGUCAUGUAUGACUGUACUCUCCUCGUCGCUAAUCCAAGGCGCUGCGAGCCAGAGCUAGGUUUCGAGUGGCUGGUGUUGUCAGUUUCGAAUCGCGCCUUUCGGAGACGGACCGAUUCGGACUAG